GACGGGCGCGUUUAAAGCGCUCGGCGAGGGCGGGCGCGGUUCCCCCGCGGCCGGGGAGCGAUGGCGGCGGCCGGGCCGGGCCCCGGGGCCGGCGGCGCGGUGAAGACGCUGGCCCUGGUGCUGGAGGACGAGGCCCGGCGCGGCGGAGGCGGCGGUUACUGCAGCGGGGACACGGUGUCCGGGCAGGUGCUGCUGGAGCUGGCGGGGCCGCUGCCGCUCCGCGGGCUGCGCCUGGAGGCCGCGGGCCGGGCGCGCGUCGCUUGGAGCGAGAGCCCGGGCGCGGUGCCCGGGGCGGGCACAUGGGGGGUGGCGGUGCGGGCGCCGGGCCCGGGGCCGCGGCGGGAGGCGGAGGUGCGGUACCUGGACAUCCGGCAGAGCCUCCUGCGGGACCCGCCCGAAGGUGAGCGGGGCGCGGGCCCGGCCCUGCCGCAGCCGCGGCGGUGCGGGAGCCGCGCUGCGGGAAGGCAGCGAGGGGGAGGCGGAGCGGGAACGCUCCGGGUGGGAGCGGCAGCGGGGUCCGAAGGAACGGGCACGGCCGCGGGUGGCGGGGCACCGGCAGGGCAGCGCUGCCGUGUGCCCGCGGAGGAUCGCUGCCUCAUCGCGAUUCCCUCUGUGGGGGCUGACAAACGCCGAGCGGGACCGGAAUAA